AUGGAGCAUCAUCUUCUUUGUACUCCUUCAUCUUUACUACUACUCUUCUUAUUCAGUUCUAUCCCUAUCACCAGCCAAUUCACAUUUGGUAGCAGCAAACAAGCUUAUCAUCAUUCAAAUGCCACUUGUAUUGAAAGUGAACGGCGUGCCCUUCUUCAACUCAAACAUGGAUUGAAAGAUGAAUCAAAUCGUCUGUCAUCUUGGAUUGGAGAAGGUUGUUGUUCAUGGGAAGGAGUUGGUUGUCACAAAACCACUGGUAGUGUUUUGAAACUUGAUCUGCGCAAUACGGUGCCACUCUAUUCUGAUGAGAAUUCUCACUGCACAAAUUGCUUGGGAGGCCAAUUAAGUCCAUUUUUGGUCAAUUUGACCAAUUUGAGAUACUUGGAUUUGAGUGUGAAUAAUUUUUCAACAUUCCAAGUUCCCACAUUCCUUGGAUUGUUGGAAAACUUGAGAUACCUCAAUCUCUCCAAUGCAAAAUUUGAUGGUGAAAUUCCUCACCAUUUGGGAAAUCUCUCGCAUUUACGGUAUUUAGAUAUUGGAUUAUCAUCAAGUGGAUCAACGAUUAAGGAUCUCGAGUGGGUUGUUAGGCUCUCUUCUCUAGAAGUCCUAGUCCUAUCCUUGGUGAAUCUUAGUGCUGCUCAAGAUGGAUUACGGGCAAUUAGCAUGCUUCCUUCACUAACAACACUAGACUUGUUUGGUUGUCAUCUUGUUAUCCAUCCUCAUCUUUCACCAGCCAAUUUCACAUCUCUUUCUUCCCUUGACCUUGGUGAAAAUAAUUUCAGCAACCACAUGAUCCCUCCUUGGCUUGGUAAUCUCACAGGCCUCCUUGAUCUUCGUCUUGGUGAUAAUAAUUUUUCUAAUCCAAUUCAUGGCUUAUUUGAGCAAAUGACCUCUCUACUGCGCCUCGAUCUAUGGGGAAACCGCUUUGAUGUUUCAUUCUUCAAAUCACUUUGCAACUUGAGCAAUCUUACUUAUUUGGAUCUGAGUAGUAAUGACUUGCAAUUGUCAAUACCAAGUGAAAUAGGCCAGCUUUCAAGACUAGCUGCACUAUCUUUGUUCGGAUUUAACUUAUAUGGUUUCAUACCUGUCAGUCUUGGGCAGCUAACAAAGCUACAAGUAUUGGACAUUAGUUACACUUCAUUAACUGGUGUAUUAUCUGAAGACCAUCUUGGGAAACUUGGAGAGCUAAAGUCAUUGUUCCUAUCUCAUAGCUUCCUCACUCUGAAUUUGAGCUCCACAUGGGUGCCUCCUUUUCAACUCCAACAACUUGAAAUGGCAUCCAUCAAAGUAGGCCCCCAGUUUCCAGGUUGGCUUUGGACGCAGAAGUUUGAAGAGUUAGACAUGAGCAAUGCGGGUAUUUCAGAUGCCAUACCCAGUUGGUUUCGAGUGCUUUGUUAUGAUAUUAGCUCAUUAGAUCUCUCCAACAACAACCUAACUGGCAAUCCGUUGGAGUUCAAAGAACUGAAGAAUAAUAAUUAUCGAUUUGUAUCUCUAAGCUCCAACAAAUUGGAGGGAUCUGUCAAAUCAUUUCCAUCGGAUAUUUCAAGUUUAGAUCUCUCACAAAAUUUUCUUACUGGAGAGAUUCCACCGCCUUAUGUCGGUCAAAUGGAUGCAUCUACUUAUUUCCUCAAACUCAGUGGUAAUCGUUUCACAGGAAGUAUCCCAGAAGACCUGUGCAAGUUGAAAAGUUUAUCAGAAUUGGAUCUAUCCAACAAUCUUCUCUCCGGAAAAGUUCCUCUCUGCUUCGGCGGCUUGCGAUUCUUGUGGGUCCUAAACUUGGCAAAUAACAAUCUGUGCGGUCAAAUUCCAAGUUCACUGGCAUCUGAGCAAUUUGGUAAUUUUCGAUCUUGGUGA